UACUUUCGUAUUUUAUAAUUCAAACGUUGAUAUGAUUAUGAUGGAAAAGAUAUAUAUCUAUCAUUAUGAUGAUGUGAUGAUAAUGGUACCAAUUCAUUAGGAUCGAAAUAGUAACUCCGUUGGUGCUAAUGUGUAUAUUUCAUGAAUUUCUGUUAGCUUUCUCAGUUAAAUAGUUGACUCUCAAUAGAUACCUGAUGUGUGCUUCCUACUAAACGCCUAUAAAUAGAGUGCAUGAGCCCAUAAUAACUUCAUUCACCACCUUUUCUAUCCACUCGCUCGCUUACUUGUUUCAUUCUUCGUUCAAAUCUUCUUACGAGAAAAUCGCCACGCAGCAAAGAAGGACGAUGGAGAUGUUCGUGUUGAAGAGCUCCGACGAUGAAUCCUUUGAAGUGGACGAAGCGGUGGUACUUCAGUCGCAGCUCUUGUCGAAUCUUUUUGAAGAUUGCAGCGGCGCUCGUGAAUGCAAGAUUGACGAGGUCACAGGCGAAGUCCUCUCGAAGGUGGUCGAGUACUGCAAGAACCACGUCGUAGUCGUCGUCGACGGUGGUGCCAAUUCUUCUUCCUCCGGUGAUGCUCUCAAGAAGUGGGACGCUGAGUUCAUCACGCGAAUGGAUCUGUCCAUGGUCUUUGACCUCAUCAUGACUGCGAACUACCUAAACAUCAAAGGUCUUUUUGAUCUCACGUGCCAGAGAGUCGCUGAUGAGAUCGCAGCUUGCAAAGACCAUAAGGAGAUUCGCGCAAAGUUCGGCAUCGUGAGUGACUACACAGCGGAGGAGGAAGCAGAGGUUCUCAAGGAGAAUGAGUGAGAGGGUUAAAUCUAAACUAGGAUAAACAUCGCUUUCUUGUUUUGAAUUUUGUGGAUAUGAACCGUAUUAUGUAAAGUCUUUGGUUUCUGAAGCGAUCCGUUCUUGAUUCUAUGAAUUGAGUAUUCAACUCCUUUUAUGCUUUCUGCGAAUUGGAUCUCUUUACAUCGAUUAUAUUGUUGCAUUGCUUCAACUUAAUCCCUACCGUAAGAACCAAGAGAGUUAUGUUCACUAGACAUGACUCGUCUCUUGCGUGCAGAACAAGAAAAGGCAAAUUUUGAUUCUUAAACAAGAUUACGAAAACAGAGGAUAUGAUGACAAAACUGCAUAUAUCUAAAAGAAGUUUUGUACAUGUGAAGCUUGUGUUCUAAGAAAUAUCCUGUCAAUGAUCGUUCUCUACUAGUUCCGAGUCUGGCACCAAGUUCUCCAUCGAUUUAAAGUACUUUUCUUCAUUGGCUUUCCUAUGCACAAACUCAAAAAAUUUAUAGCUGCAACUAAAUCUAUACCAACAGAACCAGAGUUGUUUUCACCAACAUGAAUAUGACUCUUCUUUUGGUGCUGGAUAAGUUAGACUCUUUAGAGAACGUUGAACAACAUAAAAGACAAGAGAAAGGCAUUUCAAAACUCUAAAAACUGAAGUAUGGUGAUUAUAAUGUGUACAUAUAAUGUAGAAGUACAUUUUAUAUAUUAGGAGCCUGCUCGAGUCCAAAAAUCUUGUGUCAAUGAUCCUUAUCUUCUACUCACUCACUCUUGCUACCAAAUGCUCCAUCCCUUGUACCUCAUUGACAUGUAGUUUCCAACAUUUUGUGUAAUGCUCUGUCCAUAACCUUAGAAGCAACAACAAGUGCUUCAGCUAAGUCUUUAUUUUCCAAUCUCUUAGUUGAAUAUAUAUAUAUAUAU